AUGGUGAAUGACUUUCUAAUGCUGAUGCUCAUCAUCUGGCCAGACAUGAAUGGAGUCCGGCCCAAGAGGGUCCGAGUGGUAAAAUGGCACCGGCCCCUUCAGGGCUGGGUAAAACUCAAUACCGAUAGUAGUAGUUUCAGGAACCCUGGUACAUCUGGUGCUAGGGGUGUUAUUCGGGAUGAGGAUGGUAGAUUACUUCUGGCUUACUCUGUUCCCUUGGGUUUGGAUACCAAUAAUUUUACAGAACUCAACAGCUUAGUGGAAGGUAUUCGCAGAUGUUAUGCGCUUGGAUUUUAUCGUGUUCAAAUAGAGAAUGACUCUCAACUGGUGGUCAACUGGAUUGUAAAAAAUAAGAGUCCCAUUUGGUAUUUAGAAGACUUCUGGGUGGAGUUACAAGAACAUCUUAAUAGCCUGGAGUAUACAGUGAAUCACAUUUUUCGUGAAGGUAAUAUUGUGGCUGACUUUCUAGCUAAGUGUGGGGCUGAAGGUUUGAACUCUGAUUGGUCUGAUAUUCACAUGCUGCCUAGCCUGUUGAGGAGUCUUCUCCGCAAGGACAAAUUGGGUUCCCCUCUUUGGCUUGUUCGGAUGUAG